AUUUAUAUCAUUAUAUAUUACUUUUUUUUUGGGGGUAAUUUUAAAAACAAAAGUGCAAUAAAUAUUGUUGAGCAAAUAACAAGCCUCAAUCUGAGUCUUCGCUUUCGUGUUUCCCUUUUUUUUUCUUUGGAUUGUAGCAGAAUUUUGGCUAGUGGGGGGGAAGCCAAUGCUUAUGCCAUUGGAGGUGGUUUUGGAUGGUUUUUGGUGGCUUUUCUCAAUACCCAAAUAGCAGGAUUUUAUCGCCAUCCAUGUCUUGGGCUGCCUCCGACGAUAUUUUCCUUUCCACUUCGCUCGCAAGCUAUCUUGAUAAAAAGCUUCUUGUAUUGUUGCGAGAUGGGAGAAAGCUUUUGGGUUUACUGAGAUCUUUUGAUCAGUUUGCUAAUGUUAUUCUUGAAGGUGCCUGUGAACGAGCUAUUGUUGGUGAUCUUUACUGUGACAUUCCACUAGGUCUAUAUGUAAUUCGAGGCGAAAAUGUGGUGUUGAUUGGAGAGCUGGACUUGGAUAGGGAGGAGCUUCCCCCACAUAUGACUCGAGUCUCAGUAGAAGAGAUAAAAAGGGCUCAGAAAGCAGAGAAGGAUGCCAGUGAUCUCAAGGGUACCAUGAGAAAGAGAAUGGAGUUUCUUGAUUUUGAUUAAACCUGUUAUGGGCUCCUAUUAUAUCUUUCAUAUAUAAGUGAAAUGAUCAGUAAGAGUCUGGGACUAAGCAGAUCAAUUUCGUCUCAAGAAGAGGAAUUUCAGAAGAAAGUUGCAGCAGCACUGAGGGCUCCAUUUACAGAUGUCAGGGAAAAAUAUGCAAAUUGUGUACCUCUUGGAGGUCAUUGUUUGUGGUAUAUUUUUCCUCUAUUGCAUGUUAUUUUUUACUUGAUACAUGCCAUUAAUGUAAUUGGGUCUAAAUGCAUUGUCCCCUCUUUUUUUUUUAUAAUUUGUUUUUCUUUAUUUGAAUUGUCCACCAUAAUGGUUGUGGGAUGGUCGAACCUUCUGGCACCAUACCCAGAAUUGCUCUCGAAAGAAGAUAUUACUAUUGUGUAGCCUGAUUUUUUGAGGGCAGAUUCAAGUAAACCUCACUUGUGUCUUGUGAUCUGGGUUAUAUUUCUAUGGAGAUGACAAGAUGCUAAAUGGAUAGAUCCCUUUCUGGUCUCAAGAA